UCUUGAGCCAGGCAGGAACGACCCUUGGGUGUUGGUAGUGGUUAACUCGGGAGUUGGUUCAGUAAGAAUGAUGUUUCAGUGUUAAAUAUCAUACUGUAAAUUACAUAAAGUUGUGCAACUUUAAACACGUCAUAAUUUCAAAUCUACUGUUAAUCAGGUAUGAAAUAAGUGCCUAACGUCAAGAAUGGAACAAGGUAGCAACAGGACCUCAAGCAGGAUGGACUAUGACUCGGAUGAAAAUGAAGUCCUUGAAUCAGGAGUCGUGGACGUGGGAGAAAAGGGAGGGCUUUCCUCGUGUGGAUAUUGUGGGAAGCUUCGGAACUUGAAUGCCGUUGAGUUGAUGUGCUGGCAGUGUGGUUCUUGGUUCCAUGAAUCAUGUAUCAGUUAUCAGCUUGGCAAAUUGGUGCCCUUUAUGCUCAACUACUCCUUUACCUGCAAGACCUGCUCUUCAACUGGUGUUGAGACCUUUCGCAAAACUCAAGCACAACUUCGAGAUAUGUGCAUAACAGCUUUAGCCAACUUGCAGCAUGGAAAUAAAGAUAAUCGAGGAAACACAAUGUUCAGCCUGCAGCGAGAUGUUAUCCCUUUUUUAGAGCAAAACUGGGAGGCUCUGACCACUGCUGCUCGGCGCUCCACACAGUCAUGGCAUACAACUUUGCAGAGAAUGCUCAUGAAGGAGGUAGAUGCAUACUUUACUGUUGAGGAAACAGGCGAGAGUGGUGAGCCAACACAACACCACCCUUUCUUUGGCCUACUCACAUCAGAUCUUACGCUCAUCCGCCCAAUAGUGGAUGCACCUGGUGGGUGGCGGUCACCCCUCUCUGGCUCCUCUCAACAGCAGCAAUCAGGAAAGGGUCGAGGAGCAAAACGAAAGAUGCCGGAGACUACUGCUGGCAAUAAGAAGGCUCGAGGGGACAUGCCAGCACCAAAGCUUCAUGGUUAUCCAGUGGACCAUCCAUUUAAUAAAGAUGGUUAUAGAUACAUCCUUGCUGAGCCUGAUCCUCAUGCUCCUUUCAGACAAGAGUUUGAUGACAGCAAUGAUUGGGCAGGUAAACCAAUUCCUGGAUGGCUAUAUCGUGCCCUCAGUCCUGGGGCAGUAUUACUUGCUCUGCAUGACCGUGCACCACAACUUCGAACAGCUGAUGACCGUUUGGCCGUGACAGGAGACAAAGGUUAUUGUCUUAUCAGAGCCACUCAUGGUGUGAGUCGUGGAGUGUGGUAUUGGGAGUGCACCAUUGAUGAGCAACCAGAAGGUUCACACACUCGUAUUGGAUGGUGCCAGCAACUUGCAAACCUUCAGGCACCUCUUGGAUAUGAUAAAUUUGGCUAUUCAUGGAGGUCAAGGAAAGGUACAGUAUUUCAUGAAUCUCGAGGAAAGCAUUACUUCGAGGGCGGCUUUGGUGAGGGAGAUGUCCUUGGUAUAAUGAUUGACCUUCCUGAGAAGAACCCUGUGUCACAGUUUCCACCUACGUACAAGGAUAAGCCUCUAGUUAAAUUUCGAUCCCAUCUUUAUUAUGAAGAUAAGGAUGAUGUUCCUGAAGCUCUAAAGAACUUGAAACCUCUCAAUGGUGGUAAAAUUAUAUUUUUCAAGAAUGGAAAAUGCUGUGGAGAAGCAUUCCAGAAUAUUUAUGGGGGCACAUAUUAUCCAGGAGUGUCUCUAUAUAGAAAUAUUACAUUAUCUGUGAAUUUUGGACCAGAUUUCAAGCACCCACCUGCCUCCUACGAGUACAGAGGGAUGCAUGAAAGGUGUGAAGAAUCCAUGGUGGAGCGGACACUAGCAGACAUGACUUACUUGGUAGAGAAUGAAGGGAAACUAAGAUUGGAUGUAUUCACUUGAGAAAAAUUAACCUGUAAUUUUAAACUAAAAUUACCAUGGAUAUUUAAUGUGCAUUCUAUAUAAAAGAUUAGCUUUGUGUAAAACAAUAGAAUUUUGAUGUUUUGAUAAAUAUUUUUCAAAUUUA